AUGAAUAAGGGCUGGCUGGAGCUGGAGAGCGACCCUGGCCUCUUCACCCUCCUCGUGGAAGAUUUCGGUGUCAAAGGGGUGCAGGUGGAGGAGAUCUAUGACCUUCAGAGCAAAUGCCAGGGCCCCGUGUAUGGAUUCAUCUUCUUGUUCAAAUGGAUCGAAGAGCGCCGAUCCCGUCGCAAGGUCUCUACCUUGGUGGAUGAUACAUCUGUGAUUGAUGAUGAUAUUGUGAAUAACAUGUUCUUUGCCCACCAGCUGAUCCCCAACUCUUGUGCCACCCAUGCCCUGCUGAGUGUGCUCCUGAACUGCAGCAAUGUGGACCUGGGGCCCACCCUGAGUCGCAUGAAGGACUUCACCAAAGGCUUCAGCCCUGAGAGCAAAGGAUAUGCGAUUGGCAAUGCUCCGGAGUUGGCCAAGGCACAUAAUAGCCAUGCCAGGCCUGAGCCACGCCACCUCCCCGAGAAGCAGAAUGGCCUUAGUGCUGUGCGGACCAUGGAAGCCUUCCACUUUGUCAGCUAUGUGCCUAUCACAGGCCGGCUUUUUGAGCUGGAUGGGCUGAAGGUCUACCCCAUUGACCAUGGGCCCUGGGGGGAGGACGAGGAGUGGACAGACAAAGCCCGGCGGGUCAUCAUGGAGCGUAUUGGCCUCGCCACUGCAGGGGAGCCCUACCACGACAUCCGCUUCAACCUGAUGGCGGUGGUGCCCGACCGCAGGAUCAAGUAUGAGGCCAGGCUACACGUGUUGAAGGUGAACCGUCAGACCGUACUGGAGGCCCUGCAGCAGCUGAUCAGAGUAACACAGCCAGAGCUGAUUCAGACCCACAAGUCUCAAGAGUCACAGCUGCCUGAAGAGUCCAAACCUGCCAGCAGCAAGUCCCCUCUGGCGCUGGAAACAAGCAGGGCCCCAGUGGCCUCUGAGAGCACCCACACAGAUGGUGUGGAGGAGGUGGCUGGUUCGUGCCCACAAGCCCCGACCCACAGCCCUCCUAGCAAACCCAAGCUAGUGGUGAAGCCUCCAGGGAGCAACAUCAAUGGGGUUCCCCCCAACCCCACUCCUAUUGUCCAGCGGCUGCCAGCCUUUCUGGACAAUCACAACUAUGCCAAGUCCCCCAUGCAGGAGGAGGAAGACCUGGCAGCAGGUGUGGGCCGCAGCAGAGUUCCAGUCCGCCCACCCCAGCAAUACUCAGACGAUGAGGACGACUAUGAGGAUGACGAGGAGGACGACGUGCAGAACACCAACUCCGCCAUCAGGUAUAAGCGAAAGGGGCCAGGGAAACCAGGGCCAUUGAGCAGCUCUGGGGAUGGGCAGCUGUCAGUGCUACAGCCCAACACCAUCAACGUCUUGGCCGAGAAGCUCAAAGAGUCCCAGAAGGACCUCUCGAUUCCUCUGUCCAUCAAGACGAGCAGUGGGGCCGGGAGUCCGGCUGUGGCAGUACCCACGCACUCGCAGCCCUCGCCCACCCCCAGCAACGAGAGCACGGACACAGCCUCUGAGAUCGGCAGCGCUUUCAAUUCGCCACUGCGCUCGCCCAUCCGCUCAGCCAACCCCACGCGGCCCUCUAGUCCCGUCACCUCCCACAUCUCCAAGGUGCUUUUUGGAGAGGACGACAGCCUGCUGCGUGUUGACUGCAUACGCUACAACCGUGCUGUUCGCGACCUGGGUCCUGUCAUCAGCACGGGCCUGCUGCACCUGGCUGAGGAUGGUGUGCUGAGUCCCCUGGCACUGACAGAGAGUGGAAAGGGUUCCUCCCCUUCCAUCAGACCGAGCCAAGGCAGCCAGGGGUCUGGCAGCCCAGAGGAGAAGGAGGUGGUGGAGGCUGUGGACAGCAGAGAGAAGCCUGGGCUGGUCAGGCCUAGCGAGCCCUUGAAUGGGGAGAAGUAUUCACCCAAGGAGCUGCUGGCGCUGCUGAAGUGUGUGGAGGCUGAGAUUGCAAACUAUGAGGCCUGUCUCAAGGAAGAAGUGGAGAAGAGGAAGAAGUUCAAGAUUGACGAUCAGAGAAGGACCCACAACUACGAUGAGUUCAUCUGCACCUUCAUCUCCAUGCUGGCUCAGGAAGGCAUGCUGGCCAACCUGGUAGAGCAGAACAUCUCGGUGCGGCGGCGCCAGGGGGUCAGCAUUGGCCGGCUCCACAAGCAGCGGAAGCCGGACCGGCGGAAACGCUCCCGGCCCUAUAAGGCCAAGCGCCAGUGA